AUGUCCCCAUCCGUGCCCACAUCCGUGUCCACAUCCGUGUCCACAUCCGCGUCCACAUCCGCGUCCACAUCCGCGUCCACAUCCGCGUCCACAUCCGUGUCCACAUCCGUGUCCCCAUCCGUGUCCACAUCCGUGUCCACAUCCGUGUCCACAUCCGUGCCCACAUCCGUGCCCACAUCCGUGUCCACAUUCGUGUCCCCAUCCGUGCCCACAUCCAUGUCCACAUCCGUGUCCACAUCCAUGUCCACAUCCAUGCCCACAUCCGUGUCCACAUCCAUGUCCACAUCCGUGUCCACAUCCAUGCCCACAUCCGUGUCCACAUCCAUGUCCACAUCCGUGUCCACAUCCAUGUCCACAUCCGCGUCCACAUCCGCGCCCACAUCCGCGCCCACAUCCGCGUCCACAUCCGCGUCCACAUCCAUGUCCACAUCUGUGUCCACAUCCAUGUCCACAUCCGCGUCCACAUCCGCGCCCACAUCCGCGCCCACAUCCGCGUCCACAUCCGCGUCCACAUCCAUGUCCACAUCCGUGUCCACAUCCAUGUCCACAUCCGUGUCCACAUCCAUGUCCACAUCCGUGUCCACAUCCGUGCCCACAUCCAUGUCCACAUCCGUGUCCACAUCCGUGUCCACAUCCGUGCCCACAUCCAUGUCCCCAUCCGUGUCCACAUCCAUGUCCACAUCCAUGUCCCCAUCCGUGUCCACAUCCAUGCCCACAUCCGUGCCCACAUCCAUGUCCACAUCCAUGUCCACAUCCGUGUCCACAUCCGUGCCCACAUCCAUGUCCCCAUCCGUGUCCACAUCCAUGUCCACAUCCAUGUCCACAUCCGUGCCCACAUCCAUGUCCACAUCCGUGUCCACAUCCAUGUCCACAUCCAUGUCCACAUCCGUGUCCACAUCCGUGUCCACAUCCAUUCCCAUGUCCACCUUCCUCCACUCCCGCAGCACUCCCAGGGCCAGGGAACAUCUGGAUGCCACGCAAGGCGCUGGAUCAAGAGUGUCACCUAGUGGCAACAGAGCUGGGAAAGGCUCCAUGAUCCCCUAG